UCUCUCUCUGUGUCUCUGUGUCUCUCUCUCUCUCACACACACAUACAUACGUACACACUCGCUCACACACAGUGGUUGAACGGAGACUGACGCCAGGGAGACGCCAGUUGGGCACCUCUUUUCACUGCGCGUCUUCUGUUUAGCUCAGAGCGCAUAUUUGUCGAUGCACACUACCCUGGAGCGGAACCUCGGGAGACAAGAUCACGCCACUACUGCCAAGGGAGAACUUGAUGCCCAUACGAGAGCGUUUGCCGAGUUUUAGCACUCGCAACAGAAGUGCUACAAAUUUAAUGAGUGAGGUGCACACACAAAAAUUUUAACCAUCAACAUCACUAAAAACCUUUAAAGCUGUUGAAAUGAAGAAUCCACUUGAACUUAGUGGUCCCAUGAGCCAGUGUGCCUUAGCAGCCUCAGACACCCACAAAAAGUUUAAGAGGAAGGCACGUGAGCCAAGAAGACUCUUUCAUAGCUCCGACACAGGAGAGGAGAGCUGUACCAACACUCUGGCCCAAGAAGGAUUAUCCACCUCUGCCUUCACUCAUGUGGAGAUCCCUCACUGGCCAACAGCAAUCUCCCAGCCCCUGUGUAGCCGGCUCCGGGUGGGGCCCAGGUCCUCUCUCAGCAACAACCAACAGGAGUUGCCACUGAACCAGACACCAUUCAGGCCUCAGUAUGAAGAGGAGGUGGAGCACAACUCCCCAUCACCUAAGGAGUGUCAGAGGCUAAGGCCUUGUUCAGAAGCAGGCAACCAUGGUCCAGAGGUGAAGGCAAUCCAGCAGACCAGGAGGCUGCUGGCCAAUGCCCGGGAGCGUACCCGUGUACACACCAUUAGCGCUGCCUUCGAGGCUCUCAGAAAACAGGUGCCAUGUUACUCCUAUGGCCAGAAGCUGUCCAAGCUGGCUAUUCUCCGCAUCGCCUGCAACUACAUCUUGUCCUUGGCUCAGCUAGCCGAGCUGGACUACAGCUCAGAGCAGAACAAGCGCAGCUUCUCCCACUGUGUGGAACAGUGCACCCGCACCCUGCAGGCCGAGGGCCGCAGCAAGAAGAAAAAGAUGGAGAGGAUGCUAGACAAUGUUUGACCUUUUCGGACUACACAUGAGACUAUGCUGCAGCUAGACUUUCAUUGUCGGAAAUUCAUACUAUUCUGAGGACUCAUGUAUGAGUGUCUUUUAAAGUUUAGAAAAGGCUUCACAAUUAUAAGGGCAUGAGACUAGGGGGGUAAAGUUUACCCAGUGCAGGGACGGGGCCCUCACAAAGCCUCUUAUGUGUAUUUUAUAUGAGACAACUUGUAGUGCCGGCCACCAAGAAUGAUUUGUACUCAGGGCACAAAAUUUGGUGCUAUACUCCCGUCUAUAUGCUGCCUCUAAACCUGCACUGUGGAAAGAUACAUCGGAUCUGCUCAUCAUACUUUUGUGUGGGUGUCCACAAUGCCCAGCCUGUUCUGCUGACAACCUUGGAGAACAAAAAGGCAAGGCCACAGCUAUAGGAGCGGAUCAACCACAAAUUUUAUACUCAGACUUCUGCACCUGUCUCUGGCUGUUGCCUAUAGCAAUAUCCCAGUGUGCUGAACCCCCAGGAAGCAGUCCAGCUACUGAUGUCACACUCUGCACAGUCCUACUCAUGUAAAACAAAUAAUGGACAAUGAAAUAAUACAUGCUCUAAGCCUGCAUUUCAUAUUUGCUUUUUAAAAUUUGUUUUCAAAUUGAAAAAUGACAAAAAAAGUCUUGUGAAUCAAUAAAAAAAUAAAUAAAUGAAUCAAGUUUUUAAAGCAUUACAAUGAUUCAGAUGUAAGGUACUGAACGUUCUCCCUUCUUUGUUUACUUAUUGCCAGAAGCUAAAAUAAGAAAAGUUGUGACCAGACUGACUGUACUUUGCCCAUUUCAUUUUGUACAUUUCAGAAAAGCUGUGACGCAGUAUGCCUUUUCAC